GGGUCCGUCACCUUCCACCUCCCCCUCAGCGCCGCCGGGGGCGAGCGCCGCCCGGGCACCCUGCUGAGGAGCCGGGAAAGUUUUGCUCCGCGGAGCCGCCACCCGCCCACGCCCCCCUGGGCGGCUGCUUGGCGGCCGUUCCCCCGCGGCGGCUCCCGCGGAGCGCUGCUAUGGCACCCGCCCGUCGCCGCGGGGCGAGCAGGGGGAGGCCGCCUCCGGCUGGCCCUGCGCUGGCGGCGGGGGGGCGCGCAGCCCCCGGGCGGCGGGCGUCCUCCUCCGGCCGGCAGUGACCGCCCCGGCCCCGCUCCUGCCUGCUCGCCAUGCCUGCCCCCGCCCGCCUCUCGCCGAGCUCCGUGCCGGGGAAGGGCGAGGGGAGCCGCCGCCCUGUCACUCCCUGAGCCAGCCGCCGCCUCACCGGAGAAGCCCCGUGUCUAACGGGCACGGCGCAGCUCCGCUGCUCGCUGCGCCGGGAGGGCUGCGGGCACCUCGCACCUCCCCACAGGGCACAAUAUAGAACUAUGAUAGCAACCGGAGGAGUCAUAACAGGACUGGCUGCCUUAAAAAGGCAAGACUCUGCCAGAUCUCAACAACAUGUAAAUCUUGCUGGAGUACCAGCUCCUGAAGAGAAGAAACCAGUUAGACGGCGGCCCAGGACAGAUGUCGUAAUUGUCAGGGGCAAAAUCCGUCUCUAUUCUCCAUCGGGAUUCUUCCUUGUUUUGGGAGUACUUAUCGCAUUCUUUGGAAUUGCAAUGGCCAUCCUUGGAUACUGGCCCCAAAAGGAACAGCUGUUAGGCUCUGAAGAUAAUCCAUCUGUAAAUGAAACCCGGACCCCGAGAAGCCAAGGAAGCAUUUUGCUUCGCUUCUUUGAACAGCACGUGCACUCGGAUAAGAUGAAAAUGCUGGGCCCUUUCACUAUGGGCAUUGGAAUCUUCAUUUUUAUUUGUGCAAAUGCCAUUCUGCAUGAAAACCGUGACAAGGAAACAAAAAUAAUACACAUGAGAGACAUAUACUCCACUGUAAUAGACAUCCACACCCUGAGGAUCAGGGAACAAAAGCAGCUGAGUGGUGCCUUCACUGGCUUGUUGGGGGAAGCAGAACUCCGGCACAGCGGGAGCUCCUGUGCAUCACGGCUGGCUGCGAACACAGUUGCGCCUUUCUCUGGCUUCAAGAGUAAUCUUAGAAUGGAUAGUUCUGCUGAAGAAGAUGAGAUUACCCUAAAUGAGGACAGGACCACUAGUAGCCUUCUGCCACCUCUGCUGGCUGAGCAGUCUGGUUCAGUCUUUGGACUUUACCCUCACACCAGCAAGGCUUCAGAUGACAAAAACACUAACUCUAUAAAGUGUGAAACAAAAUCCAUUGUAUCUUCUUCCAUUAGUGCUUUCACACUGCCAGUCAUUAAACUGAAUAACUGUGUUAUCGAUGAACCCAGUAUAGACAACAUAACUGAGGACUCAGAGAUCACCAGGAGUCAGUCUAGGAAUCUGUCAAUGGAUUCUCUGGCUAUUCCACUAACUGAUACCAAUGAAUCCUACAGACCGGCCGCUUCCAUGCUGCCACGACACAAUUCAUUUGUGGACACUCCAUCUGAUCCCUUCAAAUCUUCUAUGACUCUCGGACCAAGCACGGGAAAGCUUUUAUCUCCUGGUGCUGCCAGGAAGCAGUUUGGUUCCAACACAUCUUUGCAUCUUCUGUCUUCACAUUCUAAGUCCCUGGACUUGGACAGGGGUCCGUCUACGCUCACUGUCCAGGCUGAACAAAGGAAACACCCCAGCUGGCCCAGACUGGAUCGGAGCAACAGCAAAGGCUAUAUGAAACUAGAAAACAAGGAGGACCCGAUGGAUAGGUUACUUGUGCCACAAGCAGCAGUCAAGAAAGACUUUACUAAUAAGGAAAAGCUUCUUAUGAUAUCAAGAUCUCAUAAUAAUUUAAGUUUUGAACAUGAUGAGUUUUUGAGUAACAACCUGAAGCGAGGAACUUCUGAAACAAGAUUUUAAUAUUUAAAUUGCAAUUUAGAAGAUAUCAUAUGGUAUUUUUUAAAAAAGCAUUUUGACAAGUGUUUCCUUUUCAGUGAGACUGUACAAGCCUGUUCUUAACCAAAUGCUUAAUAGCCCAUUAAAAUUGGCUUGUGUGAACAGAGAUCUUCAUCAUUGUAAAACCAAGGGUUUCUUCUCUUAGUAACAUUCGGCUGCAAUACUGUACAUUGUCAUUGCUCGGACAGUUUUGUUAUGACUGAUUCCAAUUAUUCCCAAGUCACUAUCUCUUUCGUUCUAUAUACGCAUGUUGCUUUUCACCAAUUUGACUCCAGGAGACUGCACUAGGAAAAAAAGCUCAAUUUGCCUGUAAGUUCUCUUGAUUUGAAGACUGCAAGAAACUGAAAGGAGUGGUCUUGUGGUCUAGAAUGGGAAGUGAAAAGGAGCACAUACUGAAAUUGUGAAAUCCAGAGCUUUAUUCCUAGGCGUUGUCUUUCACAUGCAGUACAUCUCAGUAACUGCAUCUUGCCAUUGUCAUAGUGAGAAUCUUGUUUACAUACUGGGGUGGGUGGAUAGAAAAGAGUGGAUAUAAUAAAACCAUUUUUGUGAAUUCACUGUACUUGAUCAAGCUGAAUACCAGUGUUGUGAAUUAUUAACUAUGCUUUGUACAAUAAUCUUUCUACAUCCAUUGUAAUUUAAUCCUGUAAUUUUGGAAAAGCAUACAUAAAGUAAGAUCUGAAAUUUUUUCUGGGAUUAAGUCUCUAAACCACCUUGAUUGGUAGCCGUUUUAAAAUCAAAAUAGAAAUAUUCAAUUAAAAUCUUAGGAAGAUGAUGAAUGCCAACAGGAUUUUAGAAACAUGGUGUAUAACUUGCAUAUUGUAGCACUUGAUAUUGUAACUUGCAUCUGAAGGCAGUAAUGGAGAAUGAAUAUAUUGCCUAAUUACAAUAACAAGAUGCUAAAUAAUUAGAUCUCUGUGUUCAAAAUACUGAUACAAAGCAUACAAUUCAAUACGUAUACUAGCAUAGUAUGAAAGCCUCUUGCCUAAAUUUUGAUUUAUAUAUUUCACAUAAUUAUUGGUGUAAUGGUUUACCGAAGGCUUAGCUGUGUCAAUUUGCAUUACAAGAUUUUGCAAAAGGAAUUUACAUUUAAAACAAUGUUUUUCUCAGCAAAGCAAGCUUCACAGUUGACAGUUGUAGGCUAUUGCUAAAGAAAAGGAGAAUUGAAUUGGAAUGUGCAAAUCAGAAGGUGUUCAUGUACUUCAUUGCUGUUUAGGCCAUGAUCCUGCCAUUACAGCCAUGCUAGAGAAUGUCCCUUCAAAGCUGCAAGGCUCUCCCAACAGGGUGUUGGGCUUAAUUGGUUGGAUUUGAUACAUUCACUUACCCUAAAUACUCAGGAAUUAUUUUUAAUGGCUUUUCCCAAAAAGAAUCAAGCUUGUUAAAAUGUUGUAAUUUCUCAAUUACUUAGAUUAUGAAAGAUCAAGAUCAAAAUACCUUCUCUUUUUUUUUUUUUUUUAAAUAUACAGCUCCGUAUUCCAACUGCGCAAUGUUUAUGUAUCAGGAGCGUUACUUGCUCAGUGAGUUGAGGCAUAGUGUUAACUGUUAGGACCUCAAGCCUAUAUAUUGUAACAGAGUUGGCUAAAUAUUUUGCUAUGAAGCUUUUAAUAACUCACUGGUUUGUGUUCUUAACACAUUUGCUAUUUUUUGCAAUAAAAUGUCUCUCUAUACAUGUCUGUUGUAUGACCUGUUUUUUCCUCUAUGAUCUCUAAUCUUACAUAUCAAAGUAUAAUUGGGUAUCAUAACACUGUACACAACAUGUGCCUAAAUUAUUAGCCUGCCACAAGAUGUUUCUUCAUGAGUAAUUGAUUUCAGUGACAUGUCUACACAUGGAAAGCCUGAAUGCUUUUUUACUGAUGAAAUUGAAAUGUAUUCAAAGUGGUUUUGCUACGAGAAACUUUGUGUAAAAAGAACAUUAUGCUCUUUUUAGUUUGGCAGUAAGUAUUAUUUUAAAAAUGGAAAACUCUAUUAAAGAUUUGAGUGAUGUAA